GGUAGAGAAGGGGGAAGCGGGCGCGCGCUUUCCGUGUCUGCUUGGAGGACUGACAGCCAGCUGUGCGGCUACAACGACAACAACAACCUCCUGGAUUUGUUACAUACAAAUAGAUUAGUGUUGGUCUUCUACUGGUCCUAAUCGUUCCCUGUUAGCUCGUUUUAAGUGUGGACUCGACAGCACACGGCUACAAAGCAGUAUCCUCGGCGGUUUCCGUGCUAACUAGCUAGAAGAGCAUUCCACCAACAUGAAUCCGAAGUGUGGCAGAUGUGAACGAGUCGUUUACCCAACGGAAAAAGUGAAUUGUCUGGACAAGUACUGGCAUAAAGGAUGCUUCAGCUGCGAGGUCUGCAAAAUGACUCUAAACAUGAAGAACUACAAAGGCUUUGACAAGAGACCAUACUGCAAUGCACACUACCCCAAGACAAGCUUUACCAUUGUGGCUGACACUCCAGAGAACCGCCGCCUCAAAGAGCAGAGCAAAAAUCAGAGCCAGGUUUUAUACAAAGAGGAUUUUGAGAAGAAUAAAGGGAAAUGUUUCAGUGCGGUCGCAAUCACGCCCGAGAUGGAGAGAAUUAAGAAAGCGCAGGAUCAAAUCAGCAAUAUUAAGUACCAUGAGGAGUUUGAGAAGAGGAAGAUGGGAGGAGGAGAGGCCGCUCAACAUCAUCAUCAACAACAACAACAACAACAACAGCAGCCAAGCAACCCCAGCCCAGCAGCUUUCCAGCAGCCUGCAGCCUCUCAGAACUUCCACUAUGAGCCAACUCCCGAACCUGUGCGCCAGGCGGCGGCUGCUCCACCUCCAAGUGCUGGGAAGCGGUACAGGGCCGUGUAUGACUACUCUGCUGCCGACGAGGACGAGGUGUCUUUUAUGGACGGAGAUGUGAUCGUAGACGUGCAGCAGAUCGACGAGGGCUGGAUGUACGGCCGUGUGGAGCGCACCGGCCAGCAGGGCAUGCUGCCUGCGAACUACGUUGAGGCCAUCUGAGUGAGAGGGAGAGAAGAAGAGGGAGAGAAAAAGAAGGAGGUAGAGAAAGGGAGGGAAAGAAGGAAAGGAAAAGCCCAGUGCCAUCUCAUCUUAAUGCCGCUUUCUCUUGAUUUUACUCUUGUUCCUUAAACCUGUCCUCUAAGACCCUGAACCCCCCCGUCCCCCCGUCCCCCAGUCCCCAUCCUGCAUCCUUUCUCUGCUCCCACUGUCCAUCCAGCUCCACCACAGACACCCUCUGCCUGUCUGUAUGUCUGCCUGUUUCUCUGUCUGUCUGCUCUCCUGUCUGUCAGUCUGUGCUGAUGUCUAUCUCUGUUUGGAUGUUGUUCAUCCCUGAACCUGGCUCCACUCUGGUGCGAUCACAAGUGGAAACGAAAAAGUCUUAAAAGAUAAACUCACAGUUCAUCGCAGUAUAUCAGGGGUCACGCUGAGUCACACAGCUCCAUCCUAGCUGCAGCACUUCACAAUCCUGGCAUAACAUCAUGCAUAAAAAAAGCACCCCAGACAUUUCCCACCACUGCAGGUAUCCUGUGAAUGAAUAAGUUCAUAGAGUGGGUGGCUGUGGAAUUUCAUAAGCCUGUUUGAUUGUUUAUUCUUUAAAUUUUGCAGCGUGAUCUUGGCCCGACUGGAAACGCAGUGUAGAAUCUCAGAUUAUCAGAGCUAAGCUUGAAUAUUUUAUGACUUGUGUACAUUCCUUUAAUCUCUAACUGUUGCACCGAUCAGCCAGUCUUAACAGAGAGGUUUCUGAUACAUUUAUCAACGGACACACAUCUCGCCAUUGUGUGCUCAAAGAAGGCGUCCUCUUAUUCAACACUGCACUGCAGAUAUCGUUGUGAAACUGGAUCAUAGCCUAACUGAAGAGCCCCUCCUGUCGCUGCCUGACUCAAGGGUGUCGACAGGAGGGAUCAGGGAAAAGUUAGGGGACAUUAUCAGUCCGUCUCUUGCAGCUACACUGAAUACAUCACCUCAGUCAGUGCAGAUGCAGAGAGUAUAUCAGUGUAUUUAUACAUAUGCACCCUUAAUCUUGUUUUUUGCAGCCUGAAUGCCUUCAGUUCAGAGAGAAUCCAAAAUUUAUGGUGAUUCAAGUUUUGAGAAAGGAGAUGGGAGCAGGUGAAAUCCUCCCCCCCCCUUUUUUUCUACAAGAAAACACUCAUAGAAGAAGAAGAAGAAAGUGGCCAAGCACAACUCUAUAUUGUGAAUCUUUUUCUUUUUAUCUCAAAUUUAUUCUACUGUUUGUGUGAGUAAACAUUCCGGUCUUUGUUUUUUCCAUUUUAAUGUGAGAGAAACUGUUUAAUCCUUGGCUGUGGUAAACGUUGUUGUCGUUCUUCUCAUGCUGUUCUUCUUUUGACUUUCCUUGUUAUUGUAAGAAACGUAUUUUCAAAAAAAAAAAAAAAAAAUCAAGAAAGAAGUAAGUGUAUUAAAUAAAGAAAUAAAGAAAUAAACCAGCAGAUUGAUUUAUGAACCGAGACAGAAGAGUUUAUGUUGACUUGUUCAGUCAGUAUUAGAACAGUUGUGGGAUUUCUCAGCUUGCAGCGUCGGGUCAGAACAUACCAAACACGCUGAAGCCUGUUUUUGAUCAGCAGGUGUUUAUUUUCUGUUUGAUAUUUUCAGGCUUGGAAGUCAGAAAUACAAACUGAUGAAAGUUUUGUUUCAUCUCCUGCUUCUACAAACAUCAUAAAGGCAAGCCUGAGCACUGAUGCAAGACAGGAAGGUGAAUCCCACAACUGUUUUACCAUGGUUUGGCUGGUAACUAUGGCGUGAAGAUUAAUGGUUCCUACAAACAUGAAAUCAAGCAUUUGAUUUGCUGGUUCAAACGCAAACAUCGCAUCAACUCUUCACUUUAGAUUCUGUAUAUCUGUGAGGACCUCAUUAGACUCUCAACAUGAUACUCAAUCCUCAGUGGUGUAAAUAGUCUCAUUUGGCCCCUGACCAUACAAGCCUCUUCCCCUUUACUUGCUGUUUCAUUCUCCUGUGAUGCACUGUGACUGUCACAGACGUGAGUGAUCAGGGUGGUGGUGUUUUUAGGUGGGGUGGGGGUGGGGUUUUUGGGCAGCCGAAUAUGAUCAGCUUUAUUAAAAGAAUCAAGGCUCUCACUAUGUAGCUAGAUGACAUUGUACAAUUGUAUAUGUAUCAUAAAGGUGAGUUAGGGAAAUUGUUCGUACAGGUCUUGGUGCUCUGGGAAGUGGCUUGCCUGCAGAAAAAAAAAAAAAAGGUUCCUACUUUCUUUUUUUGGAUUGUAGCUGAUGGGAAGAGAUGUGGUUUUCAAAGUCGACUCCAGUUAGGUGCAGGUUUAACAACUUUCUAAUGUGACUAAUUGUUAGAGGUCUUUGAAUCGGAAAAAUAAACUCCAACUGGAAUGAAUGAAUGAAUGAACACUGUAUGUACGCCUGUAUUUUGCAUUAACCUCUAACUUGACAACAGGACAAGUUUAUUUGCAAAACAGAUGCUAGAUCGGAAAGCAGUUUAACAGCUAAGUUGUGUUUCUUUUGGACAAACUGAAGAGGUGUUGGUUUAGCUUGAAGUGAAAUGAUUUUUGUUCCUGGCUUUCUGAUAAUAUUUGCUCAAAUUUAAUUUAACAACAAAACUGGUAGUCUCCGAUUCAAACUUUCUUUUGACUUGCAGCAGUCGGUAUUCUGGAUGUAAUGAAAAGUGGCCAAAGAUGGCCAAUGUUGGUGUACGUGUGGCUCAGGAUGGAUUAAAGUCAAAUUUAAGCGUGUGAUGGUGUAACUGUGUGAGGCUGAAUCUCCCGGGCUGUGAAGCAGGACAAGUUGUUUGUCUGACCUGGAUAUUAGUCAGAGGGUUGACCUCUUUGCGCCAAAUACGGCUCUUCUGCUCUGGCAUCACUCAUCUACCGAACUGUAACAUCAUAUCAUAACCCUGUCUCCAUUCAGUUUCUGUCUUGUAUCCUGUCCACCCGUCUGCUGAGAUCCCUCUUUCCUUCAGCCUUCAUCGUAGGCUCCUGCGCUUCUAAACCAAUCGCCCCCCCCCCCCUCCCCCACCUGCUUCUAUGAUACUGGAUAUAUACUGUAGAAUUCGCAGAGUGAAAUCAUGUAAUCCUCUAUCAGGUUUAGCAUUCAGACCAGUUUUGUGCAUUCCAUUUUAAAUUGUUUUGUUUUUGAUAUAAUUUUUUUUUUUAUUAAAAAAAAAGAUAAAGAUAACAUAUGCAUAAUGACAUACACGUGUAUUCAAAACUCAUACUGGAUACAUACUCUGAAAGGACCUGAUAUCAUCUCCUGUUGCCCUGUUACAGCACUUCAAAUUGUACUUAUGAUUCUGCAGAUUCAAUAAAAUGUCAUUUUUUCUCAGA